AUGCUGCUAUCGCGGCAACCCCGAAGCGGCGGUACGCGGUCGCCCCUGCGCGACCGCGGAGGCGCCGCCCGUCUUCACCGCGGUGAUGCGCCCCUUCUCGCCGGCCUUGGGCUUUUCUUGGGGCUGCUGUUCCUUGCCUUCCAGACCAGCCCUGCGCUGGGCACCACCAAGCGCGGCACCGACCUCUUCGUCACUCGGGCCCUUCUGCAAACUGCUGAGGGCGGCAGCGGCGGCAGCGGCAACAACACAACGGGGGGUACGAACGUUACGGCGGCUCCGGGCGCCGGCCAGGCAACCUUUGCCGCCGGCGCGGAGCUUCCUGGCGACGUCGUCGCCGUACGCUCUUGUCUUCCCUUCAACGUGCUCAUUCUUCCAGGGCCGGUUGGUGCCGGCGGCGGCGGCAUGAUGGGCGGCUCCGAAAACAUGACCACCGGUGGCGGCGGCGGCGGCAUGAUGGGCGGUAUGGGCGGUUCUAAGAACACCACUGCCGGCGGCACCAACACGACCGGUAGUGGCGGCGGGGGCGGCGGGGGCGGCGGCGGGGGCAACGCGACGAUUCUCAUGCAAGCCGAGUUAGACGUCAUCAACGGCACCGACAUCACGUACUCCCAAGCCGACGGCAUAUUGUCGCUGGCGCUGUCGCAGGCGAGUUUCGGGAGGGCGGGAACCACCAACCACGUCAUCAACCUCACCGUCUACACCGCCAACUCCAGUUCCCUGCGCUUCGUUCAAAACUUCGGCCCCGGCAACCUGGUGGUGGGUCCCGGCUUCUCCGUGGCCACCUUCUCCGCCGCCGCCACCACUCUGGGCGGCAUCCUGGCCAAGGGCCUCACCGCGCGACAUGUCUACGUCACCAACACAGGGCUGGGCACCGUAGCUCUCAACGGCACGUUCCGGGAUGCGGAUGUGGUGGCGGGAGGCACCGCCAAGAUCUUCCUGGCCGGCAACACCAGCGGCACUGUGGCGGUGACGGCGGACGGCAUCAGCACCACCUGGGUACAGGGCUCCCCAAGCACCCAGAUCACCGGCACUGCCAACGGACUGGCCAAGGUCCUCUACACGGAGGGAACAUGCACUGUGGAGCCCGCGUUCAAGUCCAUCUUCGGGGUUAGCGUGUUCGGCGACCCCUGCCAGCGCACCUCCCCCGGCACCUCGCCCUCCUACAGCACCACGUGGUCGUGUGGACAGCAGGUGCAGGGCCGCUCCGUGUGCCCAGAAGUCCCGAGUAUUGGAGGCAGCGGAGUCGGGCUAGGCAACGAAGGCGCCGCUGCCGCCGCUGCACCAGUGCCUGCCCCCGCCCCCGCCCCCGCCCCUGCGCCCGCCCCCGCCCCCGCCCCCGCCCCGACCGUCACUGGCCGUGGCAACGUCAACACGGUCACCGGCCAGCCGGGCACCGUUACGACGGGCACCUUCACCACUCCGGGGGGCACUGCCUCGUCGUCAGGCACUGUAUCCGGCCCCAGUGGCACUCUAGGGGGACAGCAGACAUCCACCGGCGGCAGUCCACCGGUGUUCGCCGCAUCUGCCACACCCAACUUCGUGAACCCCAGCUUAGGAACCGGGCUGGAUCCGGACUUCGUGGGUGGCGGCGGCGCCGCCGCCAGCACG